CAACUUAACGGGUCAUGUGAUCAACCGGAGCUGUGAAGGGAAGGAUCCGUUGUUAGCGGCUAUCAGGUGUCUCUUUCACCCUGAAGACACCGGGAAGGGAGGACCAAAAUGUGCACCAGCGUCCAGCCUAUUGAGUGGACCACCAACCUCCAGGACCAGAAUUUUGAUGGCAUCCUGUUGGUGACCCAGAGCCAUGACACUCUGCCUGCAGAGCUCGAGUCCCUGAAAGCACCACUGCAGGACUACAGCUCUGUGGACAGCGGUCUUGGGGAGGAGGUGGUUGUCCUGAAGGUCCCUGGUUUCCCUGGUAACCGCCUGGUGUUUGCCUCCACCGGCCCAGUGAACCGCGACUACGAUGAUGUCAGGCGCUUCAGCGACGCUGCAGUCAACGGCAUCAAACGGGCCUUGAAAGCUGGCAUGCAGCGCCCCCUGCUGGUCUGCCCUCCUCACAAGGACUAUAAGAACAGCACGAUGGUGGCUGCACUCGGGGCGCUUCAGGCUCUCUACAUGCCCCUGGAAGUGAGGGAGUGCAAUGUAAAACCUGCUGACUACAAGGUGUGUGUGCUGGGGCUGUGGGCAGCAGAUGAGGCAGAGGCACAGAGACUGGUGAAGCUGGCUAAUGCUCUGGAGAGCGGUCGACUGGCGUGUCGUGACAUCGGUGGCUCAGAUCCUGAACGCAUGGCUGCUCCCCGUGUGGCUGAUUACGUCCAGGAACUCUUCAAGGACAGCCCUGUGAAGGUGGAAGUGGUGAGCGACCCGAAGGUUCUGGAGAAGGAGUAUCCCUGUCUGGCUGCAGUCAACCGCUGUGCCAACAGUGUACCUCGUCACCAGGCCAGAGUUAUCAAGCUGCAGUACUGCGGCAAGGGACCAAUCAAAAAGACUCUGAUGUUGGUGGGAAAGGGCAUCACCUACGACACUGGUGGAGCAGACAUUAAGGCUGGUGGUUUCAUGGCUGGGAUGCACAGGGACAAGUGUGGAGCUGCUGCUGUAGCUGGCUUCUUCCAGAUUUUAGCCAAGUUGAAACCAGAUCAUCUGAAGGUUGUCGGCUCCAUGGCCAUGGUGAGGAACAGCGUCGGCGCAGACUGCUAUGUGGCCGAUGAGCUGGUGGUUUCCCGUGCGGGUCGCAGAGUCAGAGUGGGAAACACAGAUGCUGAGGGACGUAUGGUGAUGGUCGACCUGCUGUGUGAGAUGAAGGAGAAGGGAGUACGUGAAAUUUCUCCUGAACUGUUUACUAUUGCUACUCUGACUGGUCAUGCCAUCAGAGCCAUGGGACCCGACUACUCUAUCAUCAUGGAUAAUGGACCAGCCCAUCGCAGCAAUAAUGCUGCUCAAUGGCAGAAAGCUGGAGAGGUCCUGGGCGACGUGUUCGAGGUGUCCAGAAUCAGGCGAGAGGACUACGAGUUCCACAAGGGCAAGUCUGAGUACGAGGAUAUUCUGCAGUGCAACAACCUGCCAUCGUCGGCUACACCUCGAGGACAUCAGACCCCUGCAGCUUUCCUCAUCAUGGCCUCGGGGCUCGACAAGCAUGGUGUGGACUCUGACACACCUCUGCCGUACUCUCACAUUGACAUCGCUGGGUCCAGUGGGCCUUUCCCUGGUGUCCCAACAGGAGCCCCCGUCCUCGCCAUGGCCACCAACUACAUCCUGCCUGACGGUCUCUGAACAGAUCCCCCCAGGACAAAAAGACUGCGGUCUCAGCACUUAAUUCCAUCACAAAUUCAUGACCGUCCAAAUAUAAAUGAAAUCCCUGCAACAACACACAGCACAAAAUAUACAUUUUUUUCAUGUCUGACCGUUCUUAAAACCUCAGAUUGGUGUUCUGUAAGAAUAUUCUUUGCUCUCUUUUAUAAGAUCUUGUGACAUUCGUUUCUACCUGCUCCAAGUGUCAAAUGACCUGAAACAACACAUAUAUUGUAUGUACUCAGGGCUUAAAUGGCAUUAUAAACAUACCAUGCAUUUAUACUGUUCCUAUGUGUGUCUGUAUGUGUGUGACAAAACGGGAAUGUGGUGGUGUAAUCAGUGACGCAAUGUAUGAAUUGAAGCAAGCACUGCUCAAUCAAUAAAAAUAAAAUAAAAUUUAAAAGGUCA